AUGGGUCUUCUAGACGACAUCUCCAAACUAACACAACCGGCCGCCGAGUUGCCCGAUGUGGAGGAUGAUUUUGAUGCUUCAUCCCUAGUGAAACCAACUGGAAAUCGCGCGAAGAACAAACUUCAAAAUUUCAAUUUCGACGAGGGAAAGUACGCGGGUGUCGCCGUUUCGAGCAAAGACAUUUUCGGAGACGUCUCGGAGAUUUCGGGAUUGAAGGCGAAGGAUUCUGAGUCGGAAGAUGAUCUAGACGAUGAAGCGGAAGAUGAAGAAGACUUUGAGGAGGAGAGUGACGUGGAAAUGGAAGAGGACGUUGGAGAAAAGAAGAAGAAAUCGAAUAUUCUAGAGAAUCUGGCGGAUUCUGACGAGGACGAAGAGAUGAACGAUGAGGAAGAAGAAGAUGGGGAUUCAGGAGACGACGAGAAAGAAGAAGAGGAUGAUGGCGACGAGGAGGAGGGAGCAAAUCUGAAAAUGACGACUCUCUCACUGAGAGACGACUCGGAUAAAACUGAAAAGGCCACCAGCGUCCUCCAUCAACGCCAAGUUUGGGACGAUCUCUCCUACUCGAACAUCCGCAUCCACGCGCUUCUCAACGCAAUGAAUCAAAUGCCACGUGGCGAUGCUCGGCGGGAGCUGGUGAAAAAUUGUGAUCCCUCGACACAAAAAUCCAUGGAGGCUGCAAUGGAAAAUAUGGCGAAGCUGAGAGAUUUGAUGGCAAAAGCCGGAGGGUUUUUCGAGGAAAAAUCGGGGAAAACUGAGGAUUCUGAUGAUGAAGAGAUUCCAAGUGACGACGAGGAGAUUUUGAGCGAUUCUGAAGGCCUGGACGAUGAGGAGGAGGAGGAAGAAGAUGAAGCACCAAAAAAGAAGGCUGAAAAUCAAGGAACAAGUCUGAAAUCGCUCAAGAAGAAUCUAGAAACGCUGGACGGCUCGAUCGAUAAAUUUCGUGCGGCGACGCUCACAAAAUGGUACAAUCGGACCAAAGUUUUGAGCUCAAAGUCUAUGAAUAACGCGGAUUUUUCGGUUUUCGAAAAGGGAAGCAUUUUGGGACAGAUUAAUAAGGUGCUCGCCGAUGAGGACAAGCUUCUCAAAAAAGUGCACACGAAUCGAAGUGGAAAGACGCGUCUAGGCGCCUCCGCCUCUUCGGAUUCCCACGAUCCCGAGAUUUUCGACGAUUCCGACUUCUAUCAAGUACUUCUGAAGCAGAUGCUCGAAGCAAGGAGUCAGAUGAAUCAGAAUUCUCAAGAUGGCGCGGACAUGACAAGAAACUACAUGGAGCUGCAAUCAAUGAUUAGCAAUAAGAAGAAACGAGAUGUUAGUCAGUUGUCAUCGAAGGAUCGUAAGCUGAAGUACGAGCCGAUUGCUAAGCUAAUCAACUUCUAUCCAUCGAAGCCGUCGGUUGCCACGUGGAGUCAUGAGAGCCGGAAUGAGCUCUUCAAAUCGUUGUUUUCCUAG